ACUCAGCCAGACGUCCACAGUGGAGACAGGCAAAGGAAUCUGCAGGGAAGUUGGAUUUUCUAACUUUUGUUUUAGUUAAGCGCGACUCCGCGUCAGUUGUGUCCUUCACACCUGAACCCAUUACGCGCAGCUCACACCGCCCUCCUUCACUUUUAUUGGGUUUGGUUUUACGCGGAGUUUGGAUCUGCUGCAGAGAAGCUCGGACGCAAUUUUGCCCACAGAAUUCCAUCUUUUUUUUUUUUGGCAUCCUACAUGAAGCAAUCAUUCUGGGGGAGGAUAUUGAUGGUGUGACCCCCGCCUCCUCCUCUGAUCAGACACGUGAAUCAUCAUCAUCAUCAUCUGCAGCAGGCAGCGCUGCGUCCCGCGGGCUUCACGCAACAUGAGUCGGUCCGGCGGGUUUUCGGAUACUUGUCAGAUCGUUUUAGGGGACCGCACGCAGACGGAGCUGUGGGAGUAGGGCCGGGGCGGUCCACGCUCUCUGGGCUGGACACCGAGUUGUUGCAGAACGCGCCGCACGCAGUCCGGACAGAGCGACGAACGAUGCGGGGCUCUCUGAGCGCAUUCACCCACUUCUGUGUCAUUCUGUUGGUCCGGGCAGACCAGUGGAGGCUGAAGGACUCCCACAGCUGCGAGUUACACAGGAAACAAACUGACUUAAACUCCUUCCUGUGGACGAUCAAACGGGAUCCACCGGCGUAUUUCUACGGCACGAUCCACGUUCCCUACACACGCGUUUGGGAUUUCAUCCCAGAAAACUCCAAGCAGGCCUUCCAGGAGAGCCACAUUGUGUACUUUGAGCUGGACCUGACCGACCCUUACACCAUCUCUGCCCUGACCAGCUGUCAGCUGCUUCCUCAAGGUGAAAACCUGCAGGACGUCCUGCCCAGGGACAUCUACAGGAGACUGAAGAGACACCUCGAGUAUGUCAAACUCAUGAUGCCCUCCUGGAUGACCCCGGAUCAGAGAGGGAAGGGGCUGUAUGCCGAUUACCUCUUUAACGCCAUCGCCGGGAACUGGGAGAGGAAGCGGCCCGUUUGGGUGAUGCUGAUGGUGAACUCUUUAACUGAGGCAGACAUCAAGACGCGAGGGGUGCCGGUGCUGGACCUGUACCUGGCCCAGGAGGCGGAGAGGAUGAGGAAGAAGACGGGAGCGGUUGAGAAGGUAGAAGAACAGUGCCAUCCACUCAACGGGCUCAACUUCUCCCAGGUGAUCUUUGCCCUGAACCAGACCUUACUACAGCAGGAGUCUUUAAGAGCAGGAAGCCUACAGGUCCCAUACACAACCGAGGACCUCAUCAGGCACUACAACUGUGGAGAUCUCAACUCCAUCAUCUUUAAUCAUGAUACCUCGCAGGUCCCUAACUUCAACAAUGUGACGCUGCCUCCCAGCGAGCAGGUGACGGCCCAGGAAAUAGACAGCUACUUCCGACAGGAGCUCAUUUACAAGAGGAAUGAGAGGAUGGGCAAGAGGGUCAAGGCACUGCUUGAGGAGCACCCUGAUAAGAGCUUCUUCUUCGCCUUUGGUGCAGGUCAUUUUCUUGGCAACAACACAGUCAUCGAUGUCCUUCGCCGCCAAGGUUACGAGGUGGAGCACACCCRUGCUGGACAGCCCAUAAAGAGGAGAUCAUCCAUCAUAUCUGCUUCGCCAGCAAUGGAAGACCACCAAGACGAGUCCCCUCCACUGGAGCCYUUCCUCCAUGAGCUGUCCCACAAGGCCGAGGACGAUGGGCGACCCCAGGAGGAAGAUCUUUUACCCCACAUGAUUCUUCCACCUGAUAGCUUGGAUCUGCUAGAGAAAGCGCAGAGGAAGAUGCUGAAGAAAAAAAGGCGGAACAAGCAGAAGAAACAGCGGAACCGGCAUUUUAAUGACCUUUGGGUGCGCAUWGAAGAGAGUUCCAUCAUGCAGUCUCCACCUCCGCCACUGGUUCACAUCAUCAAUGGCUACAUCACAGUGCAGCCACCAAACAGAGUCUACAACCUCCAUCAUAAACUGUCUGCAUCGCCCAGCUCCACAUCCUCAUCUUUUUUACUAAUCUUCCUCUCCCCCUUGCUAACAGUGAUCCUGCAGAUGAGAACUGCAGUCCUCUAGCAGGACAUUGUUUGGUACAAGAAAAAAACCCCUUUUUUUAAGUUUAAACUCAAGUAAAUGAUGGUUUAAGACAAUUUGACACAAGAUCUGAUGAGGUGGGCUUCUUCAAACAGCACAGGAAGAAGCUGUAAAGUGAGCAUCACAUGUAGCCCUCUGAUAAAUCGUUCCACAAAUGUUUAUAUGAAUAACAUUUGUCGUCUUGAAACUGAAAGUUUGUUCAUGUUUCUUACAAAGUGAGGCCAGGAUGAGCAUGAAAAUUCAUGUUUUGAUGGAACAUAGAGGUUUGGAUUUGCUUAUUUCACUAAAGGAAGAGGAGCUUCAACACACAAGAGACGAGAUGGAUUCAUGUGGUGCCUGCAACAAUUUGAGAUCUCACCCAACUAAAAAUAAGGAACAAAAAUAUCAAUAAAACCAACGCUGAAUAUCAAAAGUCUUUUAUAAUCGUGACUUGAAUUAUGUUUUUAUGUUUAUAUGUGGGGGGUUUGUGUGUGUCAGUGUGUGUUUCAGUGAGUGAGUGAUGUAGUGUAAUCAACUCUUACUGUAUAUUCCUUUUGCUCGCAAACAAAACUUAAUUUAUUCUUUCAUAAAAAUAAAAAAAUCAUGCAUAAAAAUG